AUGGCAGCAGUCGUUCCUCAUCACCUUAAUGAGGAUGGAGGGCCGGUCAUUCUCGGGUCAACCCUUACAGUGACGAUUUUUGCUCUGGUCACGAUGACCGCCCGCCUGUUGGUGAAAUGGAAGAUGAUCAGGAAUGUUGGGUGGGAUGUGAGAUCGCCCGAGCAAUUUGACGGAUGCGUAGUAGGCCAGGCUGUCAUAAUACCAGAGGUUUAUUUUGGAGCAGGAAGACAUAUUGACCACAUAGCACCAGCGGGCUUCCAAGUAGCAUUCAAGUUGAACUUCGUCACGCAACCUAUCUACUUGGUAGCUCUUUGUUUGGUUAAGCUGUCGAUUGGGUACUUCCUUCUCCGUCUUGCUGUUACUACGUUCUACAGGCGGGCAAUAAUUUUUAUAAUGACUUUUAUGGGACUAUAUACCACAGCUUGUUUCUUGACCAUUAUCCUACAAUGUACCAAUCUCGCGGUUCUGUGGGAUCCAACAGUAAAGGGUACGUGCUGGGGUGUAACCACGCUGAAGGCUCUUAGUUAUACAAACGUUGCCUUGAACAUUACAACCGACCUGCUAUUCGCUGUCAUAAUCCCAAUUCCCAUGCUCUGGAGCGUACAAAUGAACUUUCGACAAAAGAUGUCACUCAUUGGCAUUCUCGGGCUUGGAGUCUUGGCCACAGCUGGCGCCCUCGUAAAGAUCAGCUAUCUUCCCAACUACGGAAAGACCGGCGACUGGCUUUGGGAUUCUCGAAACAUUACCAUUUGGACAGUAAUUGAAUGCAAUAUUGGUAUCAUUGCCGGAAAUCUCCCGUGUCUGAAACCACUCUUCCGUACCAUCCUUAGCUCCACCUACGGUCGCGGCUCGUGUAAUACAACACCGAAAUAUAUUUCACGACCCUAUGGUUCUGGGACCCGAAAUCACCACUCGGCUAAGGCGUACAAUUCGCUUGUUUCCAGCAAAGGACCAGAUGACGACUUUCGACCUUACGGUGGCGGCGACGAAGCAGUCAUGAUGACCAAUAUCACGGCGAAAGAGCGGCACGGUAGUAACGGCAGCGUUCGAGACGAGAGUUCAAGGAAGAAUAGCGCUGACAGCGUCGCGUGGCCCGACGAUAAUCCGGCAGGCAAGAUGGGAGGGAUAAUGAAGACAACAGAAGUCAAUAUCUCGAAGACUGAGCGUCAAGCGGAAGACUUCGACGACCCGAUGAGGCAGGAGAGCAAGGAUGCGCAUAUAGUAUAAAUUCACGGAGAUAGGAAUCUGGGCCUAUGG